CCAGAAAAAGUAUUUUGACUAUGACAACACUAAACGAAUGGCCGAGUUGUUACUGCAUUGCAUAUUUUCAAUAAAACGGUGUUAUUUAUAUCUAUUUUCAAUAUUUGGUGAUUGUUUCAACUCUAAUGUAUUCGUGUUAGUGUAGUUUUAUCCUAAAUUGUGUUUGUGACUUACAAAAAUGUUAUACGAAAACGUCGUUAUGGACCGCAGUUCAUUGCCUUAUGUAAAACUUGAAAUAGUGUUUCUUCCGUGAGUGACCGAAAUAUACGGUGACUUAUGUGUUUAGUGUAAUUGUUUUAUUUUGUGGUGAUCAAAGUGAUAAAAUGUCUAAUUCGACCGCGCAAGUGCUUAUGAAAAAGGGUAAACGGGGUGCUGCCGCAUACAUACACGCGGACUGUGAGAAUGGCUCACCACAGCACCUGGGUCCACUGCUGGACGUACUGCUGAACCCUGGGAAGGCCAUAGACGAGUGGGAGACGAUAGACUGGUGCCGGUGGCUGCUGGCCGGCGGCAGGACGCCUGACGAGUUCGCGACUAUAGUCCGGAGCUACGACAAACACGACAAAUGCGGGCUGGUGUGGAUCCCGCGCGUCGUGGCGUACAGAUGUCGCACAUGCGGCAUAUCGCCGUGCAUGUCCAUAUGCCGCGAGUGCUUCCACCGCGGCGACCACUCUACGCACGACUUCAACAUGUUCCUGUCACAGGCCGGCGGCGCCUGCGACUGUGGAGACAAGUCUGUCAUGAAGGAAGAUGGGUUCUGCAGCAACCACGGUAACAAAUGCCCGCGGCCGGGGGACGUGCCCGCCGCGCUCAUGUGUGUCGCGGAGGCCAUGAUGCCGCGGCUCAUACUGCGUCUGCUACAACACUUCAGAGAAAACAGUUGUUGCGGCACACAGCCCACGUCAGACAACUACAGGAUCACGGUCCAGGAGUGCGAGGGCUACGUCAAGAUGCUGAUGGAGUUCAACAACAUGGGCGACCUUAUGCGGUCGGCCAUGACAAAGGCGCUCAUCAACCCACAGAUGUACCGCAACCUGGUGGUUCCGCCGUUUCCCGACACAGAAUACGGCUGUUACAUGGCCGAGUCCAACAAAAUGUAUGAGAGAGCGCUCGAGAUGUUCCCAGCACCAGAACCGCCUGACGAAUAUCGGCAUCUGCCUGCAUUAGCUCCACGUCUCCAACACAAUACUCUGCUCGACGAGUUCAUAUUCUGGACGUUCAAGUACGAGUUCCCGCAGAACGUCGUCUGCUUCCUACUCAACAUGCUGCCCGACCAAGAUUAUAAGGAGCACCUGACGCGCACGUUCGUGAUGCACUACGCGCGCAUCCCGCUGGUGCUGGAGGACGCGGCCGACCCCGACACGCUGUCCAACCGCGUCGUGCACAUGUCCGUGCAGCUGUUCUCCAACGAGGCGCUGGCGCUGCGCUGCGUGCAGCAGCUGCACCUGCUGCACGUCAUGGUGCUGUCGCUGCGCCUCAUGAUGGGCAAGAUCCUGGUGCAGAACACGCUGCACGACCCCGACCAGAACUUCCACUACGUCAUCGACUGCACGCGCCGCGUCAUGAAGGAGCACUGCUACUGGCCGCUCGUCUCCGACUUCAAUAACGUCCUGAGCCACAAGAGUGUGGCGCUACUGUUUCUGCAAGAUGACGCGCUUGUCGAUAUGUGGUUCGAAUUUUUGUCGAUGCUGCAAGGAAUGAACGUGAACAUCCGCGAGGUGGGCGGGCACAUCGAGUUCGAGCCGUCGUCGUACUACGCGGCGUUCUCGUGCGAGCUGGAGGCGGCGGCCUACCCCAUGUGGUCGGUGUUGUCGCACCUCACGGAGGCCGAGCACGCGCCGCUGGCGCGCCGCAUCAUCGCCGCCGCGCUCACCUACCUGCAGGAGUGGCUGGACGCCGUGCACUUCACGGCGCCGCACAUGGAGCGGUCGGAGGUGAUGCACGCGUCGUUCCACUUCCCGCUGCACCGCUACCUGGCGGCCUUCCUGUGCGCCGGCGUGCGCAGCAUGGGCGUGCGCGCGGCCGACGUGCUGCCGCCGCCCGACCUGCUGGCGCUGCUGGCCGUGCACCCGCUGCGAGUGCAGAGCCUGUUCUACGAGAUCUUGGCGGGUGUGUGGGUACGAAACGGCCUGCAGAUCAAAGGCCAAGCCAUGACAUACAUUCAGGCCAACUUCUGCAACUCCAUGGUCGACAUGGACAUCUACUGGCUGCAAGUGUGCGCGGCUCACCUGCCCGCCGACCAGUUCCUCGACAUGUGUAUAGAUAUGUUUGGAUGCCGCGAGUGGCUGAGCAUGCUCCCGAUGUUACCGUCGCAGGCCGCGGAACAAGACGCCAUGGUCGAAGGACUGCUCACCUUUCUGGCCAUCCUCGUCUCCUCUCGAACUAAUCUCGGUAACGACGAGCUGACACAGUCGCGACUGGAGGUGAGCACGCUGCUGGCGGCGGGCGACAAGACGCACUCGCAGCUGCUCGAGCUGAUGCCCGAGCGUUCCGGCAACGCGCACACCAGGAACUUUGAAACCGUGCUCAAAGAGUUGUCAACAUAUCGUCCACCGCCGAAAGGAUCAGAAAACUUGGAGCAAGGUCUAUUCGUACCAAAGCCUAUCGUGUGGGAGCAGUACUAUGACCCGCUGCACGUGCUGCGCCGCGCCGUGCACAGGAGGGACUUCCACGCGUCCAUGGAGCGGUUCUCCACAUAUGUACGAGAAAAGCAAAAGGGAGCGGCGGCUUCAGCGGGCGCGGCGGGAGCGGCGGGCGCGGAGAGCGCAGCGAGUAGCAGCGGCGGCGCGGGCGUGCUGUGGCCCCCGCUGCGCGCGGCGGGCGCGGGCCCGGCGGGCGCGGGCGACCCGCGCGCGCUGUGCGCGUCGGGCGUGCUGCACGGCGCGCUGCUGGCCGUGCUGCACCGCGGCGUGCACCGGCGCGCGCCCGACGCGCCCGCGCCGCACGCGCCGCCCGACCACGUGCUGGCGCUGGCCGUGUACCUGCUGCACGUGGCGGCCGAGCUGCGCGCCGAGCGGCUGGCGGCGCACGCGCGCGACGUCAUGGUGGCCGAGGGCGCGCGCGCCAGCGUGCACGGCGUGCCGCUGCUGGGCGCCUUCGCUGGCUCCGCCGUCUGCGACAACGCGCGCACCGUCGUGGCCAGCGUGCCCGCGCGCAAGCCGCAGCCGCCGCAGCCGCACGCCUUCCCCGCGCACUACAACCACCACAACCACUCCGACAGUGACACAGAAUGGGAGCCAUCAGAGAGUGAUUUAUUACGACCACUGCUCCCCACAUCGACAUCAUUACCAGCCACGAGUACUGCACUAGCUGUACCCACCUCAUUACAGGUGGCGCGCGGAGAGUCGAUGGCUGAUGACCAAUCAGACGCGGGCGGAGACUCUCCGCUUAUACGAGCACUUGAGGACGUGUCUCACGAGAGCCAAGCGCUGGCGCUACAGCCUUUCGACGCGGAGAUGAGCCUUGCGCUCACCACCUCCUCAGACCUGGACACGCCGCCCGUGCCCAUCGAGUAUGACAUGGAGGGCAGCGAGUGGAGCCCGCACGUGACGAUGCCGGCCCUGCCCGCGCCGCCCGCGCCGCCCGCGCUGCGCGCGCCGCGCGAGCCGCACGCGCCGCACGAGCCGCGCGAGCCGCACCAGCCCUCCACCAGCAACCAGGUACAACUACUGACACAAUCGGAGGACUCGAUCCCGGUGAACGAGUCUAUAAUAUCGCUGCUGCUCAAGCUGCACUCGCAGCUGUCUGGCAGACUGGACUCGUUCUCACUGGACGAGCCCGCGCCAGAAUCACAAGAACCUAUCGGCGACGGGCCGUUCUUCAUCGGGCGCGUGCUGCGCAAGCUGGCGGCGCUGGACGCGCGCUGCGCCGCCGCCAUCGCGCACGUGCGGCACUCGCUGUGGCCGCACCAGCGCGAGCGCCAGGCCGAGCAGCGGGCACGAGAGCGUCGCGAGAAAGAGGAGCGUUCCCGACGCGCCCGCGAACGUCAACAACAGCUGAUGCGCGAGUUCGCGCGGAGACAACAGCAGUUCAUGUCGGCCAUGCAGCUGGACGGGGCCGAGGCUGGCGCCAUGGACUGGGAGGAGGAGGAGGCCGUCGAGAAGGACUACGACUGCGUCAUCUGUAACACCACCACACCCACCACACCCGCUGAUCCUAUAGGGCUGGUUGUGCUGCUGCAGUCGACGUCGGUGCUGGGCCACCGGCGGCGCGCGGGCGGCGGCGGCGCGCGCCUGGCGCUGUCCGAGGUGGAGCGCGCGCGCCUGCAGGCGCAGCACGAGACCACCGCCGCCGCGCACCACUACCGCCUGCACGACGACCUGCACCAGCACUUCGACCAGGAGUCGUGGCUGGUGUCGGUGUCGGUGGGCUGGGAGGGCGGCGUGCACGUGCAGGGCUGCGGCCACCACCUGCACCUGCGCUGCCUGGCCGCCUACCUGCGCGCGCUGGCGGCGCCGCAGCGGCCGCACAACCUGCACGUGGAGCGCGGCGAGUUCCUGUGCCCCGUGUGCCGCCAGCUGGCCAACGCCGUGCUGCCGCUGGCGCCGCCGCCGCCGCUGCCGCGCUCGCCGCCGCGCGCGCACCUGGCCACCGCGCAGCGCCUGCAGGACAUGCUCGAGAAGGACCACCCGCUGCCCCCCCCCAGCCGACUUUCGGAAGCGAUGGGCAAGGCAAUGGAAGACAUGACGGCGACGGCGGGAGGCAAGCUGAAGCAGCGCUAUGGGUCGUCGCCUGCCGCCAUUUUCACGUUCGUAGCAUCGCUGGUGCGCACCAACCUGGAGUGCGAGCUGGUACAGCGUGGAGGCACGCUGCAGACCUGCGUGGCGCCGCGGUACAAGCUGCGCAAUGAAUGCAUCGUGCCGCUGAUGGUGGUGGCGGGCGCGCACUCGCGCGUGCUGUGGGGCGCGGGCGCGGGCUUCGGCGCGGCGGCGGCGUGGGCGGCGCUGGUGGCGGCGCCCGCGCCCGCGCCCGGCGGGGCCGCGCCGCCCGCCACCACGGCGGCCGCGGCGGCGCGCCCCGUGCCGCUGCUGCUGCGCGACCCCACGGCGCUGCUCAUGCAGUUCCUGCUGCUGGCGCCGCCCGAGCCGCCCUACCUGGACCUGCAGGACUUCACGUGCAUCGUGCGCGCGCUGUACUCGCUCAGCUACUACCAGGUGGUGUGCCAGUUCCUGGCGUCGGCCAGCGCGGAGGGUCGCGCGGCGCUGCUGGCCCCCGCGCGGCCGGGCGAGCCCGCGGGGCUGCGCGCGGCCGCCCGCACGCUGCUCACGGCGCUGGCGGGCUCCGACCUGUUCACGGAGGACGGCCCGCCCGGCGCCAGCGCGCCGCUCGACCUCGCCGACAUGGAGCGACAGCUGCAAGAGCUGCUGCUGCCGUUCCUGCGCAUCGCGGCGCUGCUGCGGCACCACCUGUACGGCGCGGCGCUGCCCGAGGUGAGCACGCCGCGCCUGGAGUUCGUGCGCCUGGCCUACUACCUGGAGCUGGUGACCGAGGGCAUGGAGUGGGCCUCGUGGGCGGCCGGGCGCGCGCUGGCGCCCGACAGCGCGGCGGCGGCGCGGGCCUGGGCGCGCCAGCUGGGCGGCGCGGCGGCGCGCGGCCAGCUGGCCGUGCGGCGGCUGCUGCGCUCCAUGGCCGUGCACUGGACGCAGCCCGCGCUGCUGGCGCUGCCGCGCGACUACGACCGCCUGUUCACGUACUACCACGAGCGCGUGUGCCUGCAGUGCGGCGCCGUGCCCAAGGAGGCCAGCGUGUGUCUGCUGUGCGGCACGCUCGUCUGCCUCAAGCAGCCCUGCUGCCGCCAGCACCAGGUCGCCGAGGCCGUGCAGCACGCGAUGGAGUGCGGCGGCGGCACAGGCAUCUUCCUAGUGGUGACGUCGACAUACAUCAUCGUGAUCCGCGGCCGCCGCGCCUGCCUGUGGGGCUCACUUUACCUCGACGACUACGACGAGGAGGACCGGGAUCUCAAACGCGGCAAGCCGCUGUACCUGAGCCAGGACCGGCUGGAGCUGCUGCAGGCGCAGUGGCUGGCUCACCGCUUCGACCACACCAAGCGCACCUGGGUGUGGCACCGCGACUCGCUCUGAGCGGACUCGCGGACUCCGGCUGCUCCACCCUGGCUCUACCACACAUGUCCACAAGGGAGUCUUGACUUCCAUUGUUUACAUCUCUCAAUUUCAUUUGAUGUGAUGUCACGUUUGGAUUCCGUUCGGUUGCGGUAGCGUUACUCACGAAUGCGAAUAGAUCUCGAUUAAAAGCAGUCGAUAAAUACAACAAUGUAAAAUGAAAUGAAUAAGACUGCUAAUAAAACUGAGUCGUAAAAGCUUGCCUCGAUUCAUCGCCGGUAGACAUAGAUAGAUUAACAAAAUUGUCUGUUAGUCGUAGCUCGAUCAUAGUUACUGUAUAGGACAUAGAAAAUUUUAUGUGUAACUGACUCCUCAGAUACAUAGUAAAAAAAUACACGUGUUUUAAAAAUAUAACAAAUUCACAGAAACACGAUAAUAUUCGUCAAUUGAGCCUUGUUCAUAACACCAAUAACUAUAUUUAUAAAUUAGAAGAUUAUUUACAGAAUAUUUUACCUGUUCUCUGGAUACGCGCUACAUUGUUCCCAAACGCUCAUUGAACAAUGCGCGUGUAUCUAGAACAUAGAAUACCAGAUAUUUUUGAACCGAAAAUUUCUUUAUACAACCGAUAGUGAAUCGUAAUCGCCUUAUUAUAUCCAAAUAUUAUGAAUAUCAUUUUAUGAAUAGUACACUUUUAAUAUACAAUUAAUGAGUGACUUCGUAUAUGUAUACGGUUUGAAAGUACGUCCUCAGGGUCCGCGGGCUCAGACAAUAAAGCCGUAUGCUCUCGUAAGCUGCGCGGUAGUCGUUACGUGUGCCCUCGUCUACAUAGAGCUUCGUGCAUGUUAGAGAUUAUUUAGCUUUCAGCUAACACAUGUUUAGCCGCUAGCGUAGCUCCGUACUGAUCUAAGUAGGGGGGAUUCAGCUUGCAAUGCAUAGUUUUUCAUAGUGAAAAGUUUAGUCAUUUCAUUUAGAAUUAUCUUUUGUUUAGUUUUGUUUUUAAUAUUUAUUAACUACAAAAUUUCUGAAUGUGUGUAAUUUGAUAAGCAUGCCGUAAUAACUUUGUUUAGAUUAAUGCUUAGGUUCCAAAGUUUUUCAACAUCCAUGCUUACUAAGAAACGUCUGUGUGUCAUAACGACCCACAUAUCAUCUUAUUCUUGCGAAGCUAGAACUUAGACAAGAUAUAUUAUAUACGAGCUGCGGAAUUUUCCUUUCAAACUAAUUCGUCUACAAAAUUAUAACUUAAUAUUUAACUAAGCAAUAACUAGGUGAUAACAAAAGAUAAAAUUGUAGGUAAUAUUGUUUGCUACCAGAUCAAAAUUGUUGAAUGUUCAAAUAUAUAUACAUUAUUAUACAUUGAGCAGCGAUAGGUACUUGCAAUGCUACUAUCGAAGUAUGCCUUAACGAAUUAUAUACAGAUAUUUACAAAGUGUACAUUAGUAACAAUAGUAACAGCAGUACAUAUUAUAUUAAAAUUAUUACUUGUUUGAGUAUAGUUAUAUGUUAUAGAAAUAAAUAUUAUAUAGUGAUGUACUUGAAAAUUUAUAUUUGGGAGUGUGGCCAGCGAAUACGAUUGACGACGCAAAGUUUGUUUGAAAGUCAGCUGGUAUAAUGCUUGGUCGAUUGACGUCUUACGAGCGAUAAGAAAGCUUUCGGCCUAAUUAAUCAUUUAUAAAUGUUUGUUAUCGUACUUCCCUGGCCAAACUCCUGAACAAUGAAAUUUUGUUCGAAGAUAAGGUCUCAUAAUGUUUACCUGUGUCUAAUGUUUGAUCAAACUGUAAUACCAGUGACUCGUAGGCUUCACUCGAGAUUUAUAUCACAUCGUAUGAAAUGUCAUCGAAAUAAUAACUUAUUUAUUUACUUAUGAACUUAGUGCACCACUACACUUAUCAAUUAUUAUAAUUUCCAGCCCCAAUGUUUGGUCAAACAUUUGAAAUAUGUUGCCGAGAAUGUCACGAGAAAGGACUGUCUUGUUUACAUGUCAUGUUACUUGAUAGUGAACAAGGCUGGUGCACAGAAGAGCCGGUUGGUGCGCUGUCCGCGCGCUCUGUACACGUAAACAAGACAAACACUUGAACAUUGUAAAUAUAACCUUCGACUUCAUUAGGGAUGUCCAAUGGGUGUUGUUAGGGCUGUGAAUACGUAUAUUUUAAAUUUUACUCGCUCCUCUGUUGACACGGUUGACGAAUCACUUUAGAUUUUAAAGACGAUUAAAUUAUUAUUUUAUUUUUUCAUAUUUUUGUAUAGGAUAUACCGAGUACGAUAUUAGCCAGUAGCCAGCCGCUUGCGGAUUUUCCAUACCUAAUUACGACUUCUAAAGUACUCUUCAAAUUUCUUGAAAAAAAAACUAGACUCAAAAACAUCAAAAUUAAAUAUAAUAUGAAGUAUUAAUCAACAUAACAAAUCAUCGCACUGCAAAGCUUACGAUACUUGACAGUUGACGAAAAGCUUUCCUUCGCUUUCAAUAUUAUAAGUCAAUAAUACUUACUCUGUAUACAAUAUCAUACUAAAGUAUCUCGUUGAAGUAUGGUGCUUUUCUUUAACUCUUUAUGUGCAAUUUGGAUGCUUUCUUAUUUCCUUGUAUAUUAUUUUCUAAGUCCUCAAAAAGUACAUUUUUUUCUGUUUUAUAAAAAUUGUGUUUGUAUCUAGUUUCUAGUGUUAACUAAAUUGUAGUUCUUAUUAUUAAGUUAUAUCGUUAGUAGUAUGUAAUCACAACGAAUUGAUUCUGUAAACAAAAUUGCGAAGUGUGGUACGAAAAAGUCAAAAUUACUUGAUGAGAUGUCAAUAUUUACGAUUUACUGUAAGAUGAAAUUUUCUCGGUAUGCGACAGCUAGCCAAACCGAAUAGUAGUGUCGAGGAGAUGUGACGACACAUGUAUUAUGUUGUUUUAUUAUGUUAUUGUCCCUUGAUGCUAUUCACAUGCUCAUAUUAUAUAUGAAUACAGAGAAAUGCUAUAGAGUCGGUAUGGCCUCUGUCCAGACCCGCACUGCUCCAGAUAAUAUUGUUAAACUUGUGUAUGUAUAUUGUUCUUGUAUAUAUUCAAUCAUUAAAGUUGUUGAUAUUUC